AUGCAGGGACAGACGUGUGUAAUUCUAGUUUGUGUACUAGCCAUCUCAGCUAACGAUGAGUGGCUGCAAAUGAACACUCCUCAAGGACCAGUGCUUGGGCUCAAGCAACCUGAUGAAGGAGUAUACGCGUUCUACAAUAUACCAUACGCCACAGCACCUGUUGGUGUAGACAAAUUCAAGGCACCUCUUCCACCACCGACAUGGAAGAAACCAUUUGAAGCCAUAGACAGGAACAUUGUCUGCCCACAAAAUAAAAUAGUUAUCGAAAUGCUGUUAGAUAACGUGAAGAUGCAGGAAAAUUGUUUAGUUGCCAAUGUUUUCGUGCCAGACACAAUGGCGAAAAACCUUUCAGUCCUUGUAUACAUCCACGGAGGCGCCUUCUUAAUCGGUUAUGGCAACAUGAACAAAGGGACUCAGCUAAUGAGGUCAAAGGACAUAAUUAUGGUCACUUUCAACUACCGUCUCAGCGUACACGGGUUUCUUUGUCUAGGUACUGAAGGCAUUCCAGGAAACGCUGGCAUCAAGGACCAGGUGGCUCUGUUACGCUGGGUACAAGAAAAUAUCGCCAGUUACGGAGGAAAUCCAAAAGAAGUCACACUGGCUGGCAGUAGUGCUGGUUCUGCAGCAGUCGACCUUAUGAUGCUCUCUCAGUUAGCCACGGGAUUGUUCCACCGAGUUAUACCUGAGAGCGGUGGGAGCCUUGCUCCAUUUGCAGUACAAAGAGAUCCUCUACAAACAGCUCAGAAUCACGCCAAAAGGCUAAAUUUCAGGAAGGCCGAAGAUACUUAUGCUCUGGACCUGUUCUAUAGAACAUCUCCUUUAGAAUUAUUGAUGUCACUAACGUUAUACGAUGAAACCGACUCCACUUUUGUUUUCGCGCCCUGUGUGGAGCGUGCCACCGGGCCUGACGCAUUCUUGACAGAAUCUCCUCUGCGAAUAUUGAUGUCUGGCAACUACGUCAAGUUACCCAUAUUGUAUGGUUUCUCUAGCAUGGAGGGUUUAAUGCGUAUAGAUAUGUUCGAUGUCUGGAAAGAUAGGAUGAAUGAAAAAUUUUCAGAUUUUCUGCCAGCUGACUUAUGGUUUGAAUCGGAAGAAAAACAGGAGGAAGUAGCCCAAGCUGUGAAGAAGUUCUAUUUUGGCGAUGAGCCGGUAUACAGAGGGACAGUUUUUGGAUACAUCGACUUUUUCUCCGAUGUUCUAUUUACUUACCCUAUGCUUCGUGCAGUGAAGUUGCAUGCGGAGGCUGGGCACAAACAAGUAUAUCUGUACGAGUAUACAUUUUCGGACAAUGGAAGCACUACAGACAGCCAUAGUAUAGAACGGAGUGCGGAACAUUGUGCCCAGUCGAUAGCUUGGUUAGAUAACAUGAGGGAUAAAAGUGAGAGCUUCUCGACUCCUGAAUAUCGGAAUAUGAGAGCAAUUAUUCGUCAAAUAUGGCAUAGCUUUAUUAUAACUGGUAAGCCCGUCCCUGAGGACUCGAUGUUACCUGAGUGGCCAUCUGCGGGUGUAGGGCGGGCGCCCUACGUAUCCUUAGACCUGAACCUCCAGCUUCACAACAUGUACGUGGAAGAAAGUGUUAAGUUUUGGGAUGAAAUCUACCAGAAGUACUAUAGGGAUCCCUCACCGCCACCACCUCCAAACUUUGAAAUAUCCAGACCUGAGCCAUAUACAGCUUCUCUAGAAUUUUCUGAUUAUUAAUUUGGUACUAUAAUUGGUAAUACAAUUAUAUUGCCUUGGUGGCUU